UGAUUAUUCUGCCCGAAAACGAUUGCUGUUGCUCCGUAAAUGAACUAUAAUUGUAUAAAAUCGUGUAAAAUAGGUAGUGAAAGUAUGCCUAAUCUGUAGCGUCGGUUCCCCGCUUGGGUUUGGUGAUAUUUGUGGAUCGGUGCUUAUCGAUUUCGGAGCAAAAUUAGCGGUUGUAAAUUCCGGGGUGAGAAUAGUGAAAAAAUCCAAAUCAACAAUGGCGGCGACCAUCUUUUCGUUGCUGUCGCUCCUGUGGACGGUCAAACCUAAAGUAAAACUCGAUUUUAGUUUUAUUGGUUGAGCGAAUCCAUCGGUGGAAUUAACUAUAGUGAAAAUUUUGGUAUCAAGAUACUAAUAAAGUACAACAGAGGCCGAUGGUGUGUGGCUCAUUAACUGGGCUAGUUCACGGAGGGCAUAGUCUCGAAUUCGGUAGGAGUGGAUCGUUUGCAGUUCUGUGCUAGUCAGUAUCAAGUGUAAAUGGCACAAACAGUUUGCACGCGAGUGCUUCAUGGAAUAUUGUAAUUUAUUUUUAUGAAUUAGAAGCCGGCGUCAUGGAUCAUUCGGAUUUAUCUUUGAUAGCUGAUUUUUCUCCCGAAUUGUGUUUAUAUUUUGCACUCAACGGUGGUUUUGCUUUGCGUUACUUCUCCCUUGUUAUGCAAAAAUAUGUACCGCGAAGAAAAGCGUCAGGCAACACCAGAUAAAAACAAUUUGUGAAAGCAGAAAUCAAGAGUAUGGAUCCGGAGCAGAUUAUUGUAGAUGAUGAUUUUGAUGAUGGUUCCACUGAUGGAGGCUACGGAGAAUAUGAUUUCAUGCAACAAGACCAGGAUGCCUUGUCAGUAACAACGCCGCUAAAUGCAAUUCUAGACCCUUCCACCACUCCAAUAACUUGCCAGUCUUCACUUAUUGAGGAACCGAUUGUGCUGCCGCUCCAAAUUUCGGCAGCAGCAUCGACCAGUGGUAACAGUGGCGUCAGUCAACAUCAACAACGGCAGCCACCGCUUACCGUUACUGGCCGGUACGGUCUUGGUGGAGGUAAACCAUCAGCAGCGGCGUUACGCCGUGGACCAGGACGACCGAAAAAAGAUUUUCUACCAUUAUUAAAAAUGUCAACUACACCUACUGGCAGUGGCAACGGGGGAGCUUCAUCCCCUCAAACUCCAGCACCUACGCUGAAGUUCAGUGGAGGUGUCCUAACAGGGAGCGUCAUAUCGGGGGGAAGCUUGGAGACAAAAUUUAUGAAAAGAUUUAAAAAUACUAAUGUUGUUCGUGGUAGUAUUCCAAAAAGGAAAUCGGACACCUUGUCGGGCAUCACCAGCCUGACUGGCGGCGACAGCUUAGUUGGAAGUCUACCAACGUUGGCCCUACCAUCACCCAGUGACGAGACUCCAGCCGGAAGCACCGCAAACAGCUCGGUUGCUUCGACUCCCACCGCAGAAAUGGAAACCGAUGCAGCUUUACUAAUGCCCGCACCGGAGGAUUCACCCUAUUUCCCGGAAAAGUAUUCGUGCAAACAAUGCGCCUUGUGCAAUUUGGGCGAACGCAGUCAGCUCGGUCAAGGCGAAAUGUUACGGAUCGAGGUCAAGGAUGACGUGGAAAUGGCGGUAGCGGCUGUAUUGCAAUCACAAGAAGACAAGGGCGGUGCGGAGAAUUUCGGCGAAAGUCCCAAAAGUGGAACUAUUGCGCUUGGAGUUCCUCCGCUGUUGAGCAGUAACAAAAGACAGAAAGGACUCAAUAAGUGCAAAAAUCCGGUAGUAACAGCGGAGUAUGUGGAUGAACUGGAAAAGAUAGGUCAUACAGAUCCGAUCGAGUUUGCAUCAAUCAACGAUGGAGGUUUUUUCUACAUCCAUCGAUCUUGUGCUAUUUGGUCUUUUGGAAUCGGUCGGGACACUCUGAGUGGGAUUCUGAGCAAUCUGGAGGUAGUGGUGGCCCAGAGUUUGAGCAAGAAAUGCUACUUUUGCUCUCGCUACGGGGCUAGCUUGGUGUGCAAGAUGUCUUGCCCGAAAUCGUUUCACUAUCCGUGUAUUGCGGCAGCCGGUGGUUUUCAGGUGAUUCAAUCGUACAAUUGCUUCUGCAAGGAGCACCUCGGACAAGUGCCUUUAGUAUGUACGGAUGAUAUCAACUGUCGGCAGUGUUCAGCUCUUGGUGAUGUCGGUAAUUUAAUGAUGUGUUCGAUUUGCGGAGAUCAUUACCACGGAACGUGCGUGGGACUUGCGCAGCUACCCGGAGUGCGAGCGGGCUGGCAAUGCUCAUCUUGCAAAAAGUGUCAGAUUUGUCGUGUGCCUGAUUUAAGCGAAGGUCGAACGGUUGCUUGCGAGCAAUGUGAUAAGAUCUAUCACGCGAGCUGCCUACGACCGGUGAUGACGUCUAUACCGAAAUACGGAUGGAAGUGUCGUUGCUGCAGAGUAUGUUCUGAUUGUGGCUCGAGGACACCUGGUGCUGGGGCGUCUUCGCGGUGGCACGCGCAUUAUACAGUAUGUGACUCUUGCUAUCAGCAGAGGAACAAGGGUUUCUCUUGUCCGAUUUGCCAUCGAGCGUAUCGCGCUGCUGCCCAUAGAGAGAUGGUCAAGUGUAGUGGAUGUAACAAAUUUGUACAUAGUACAUGUGACCCCGAAGCAGACCUGGCGAUUUAUCAUGUGAAAAAGGAAAGUAAUCCCGAUUACGAGUAUCUGUGCAAUCCCUGCAAAUCAGUUAUUCAUACCGGUCGUAUAGCGGCUAUGCGGAGAAACAGCAGUAUUGAUGAUGACAGUAUGACUGCCUCGCAGGAAAGUUUGAACGAUGAAUCAAUGGACGUGGAUCAAGAGCCCAGAGAGAGAAUUUUCUCAGGCGAUAUUGGGCUUGGCAAAGGAAAACCGUACGUAGCCAGUAAGAUCGCUAAAAAGAGAAUGGGGUUUUCGUUUUCUGGCACUUGCCGGCCAAAAGGUACCGGAAAAGGUUUCCAGAAAAGAUCACGUCUGGCAGAUUUCAGUAGGAAGAGAGGCCCCAAGGCAAAGAUGCGUGGAAUCUUUGGCGUUCCUGGUUUAGGAUUGCAAAGACCUACAGCAGACUCUUCUUCUUUGAAAGCGUCUGAAGAUGAACCUGGUGGCGAUAAUCGGCUUGUUUUAUGUUCUGCAAAAGACAAGUUUGUUCUUACCCAAGACAUAUGCGUAAUGUGCGGAGCUAUUGGAACUGAUCAGGAGGGAUGUUUGAUAGCGUGCACCCAAUGUGGACAAUGCUAUCAUCCAUACUGCACGAAUGUGAAGGUAACCAAAGUGAUACUGCAGAAAGGUUGGCGCUGUUUGGAUUGCACAAUUUGCGAAGGAUGCGGCCAGCGAAAUGAUGAGGCUCGGCUCAUUCUGUGUGAUGAUUGUGACAUCUCGUAUCAUAUUUAUUGCAUGAAUCCACCACUGGAACAUGUCCCACAGGGAAACUGGAAAUGUAAAUGGUGUGCCAUCUGUUUGAAAUGUGGUUCGAAUGAUCCAGGCUAUAACUGUAGUUGGCUGAACAGUUAUUCUGAGUGUGGCCCUUGUGCUAGUCAAGUUAAUUGCCCAUGUUGUGGUGAAGGGUACACUGAAGGAGAACUCAUAAUUCAAUGUCAUCAGUGUGAACGGUGGUUGCACUGUGCGUGCGAUCAAAUCAAAAGCGAAAAUGAUGCAGAACGUUGCGCUGAGGAAGGGUACAACUGUUUGCUGUGCCGGCCUUUUGAUAUGCCUCCACCACAUUUAGUUCCUAAAAAGAAAGCUAUAUCUGUGCCUAUUUCAACACCAAAAUCCACGCCGAAACCUGAAGAGAAAAUAAUUCCACUUGCUCUCGACGGCAAUCAUUACGUCGACGGUGUUUGCCUUAGUGAGCAUGGGUUGCAUCAAAUUAAAGCAUUGCAAGCAGAAUUUGGCAAGCGAGGUAAACGGAAACCGAAAACUCUAGUAGAACCACCGUCAACGGACAAAGAUGCAGGAAUAAUGGCAGCGAUCGAGUCUGUCGUUGCUGGAAGCAGUCUGGAUAAUUCGUUUGAUGAUGUAAAAUUGGAGCCAUUAGAUCCGAAAGAAGAAGCCGAAAUGUACAAAGAUGGCAUGGUUUGGAAUGAUCCAACGCCACCGGAAGGGUUCGCCUUAUUUACCAAUGAGCAAGGAGUUGUGGUGUUAAGAAAGAAGCGCCAAAGAAACCUUCAGAAGUUAGGCAUUGGAGGGUUUUUUGUGCGAAAUCGUUCUGUGCGCACAAAAGACGGUAAAGAUGAAGAGGACGGGCCAGCAGAUGGGAUGGUGCCCCAACUAAGCGAAGAAGCUCCUGUGGAAGUCAAGCCGAAAAAGAAGCCGAUUCGGCGAAAACAAAAGAAUAAACUGAUAGAAAUUUAUCCGACCAUACUACAGGAUGCUUUUUUUGGCCGCACGUUACUGAACUCUAACAGUUCUGUAAAGUUUGAAGUUCACGAGAGUGACGAUGAGGUUAAAAGUGAUGUUUCCGAUGAUAAGACUAUAAAAUUGAGUGCAGAUGAGCUUAGAUACGUCCACGAAAUGAAAAUAAAACAGGAGGAGAAAUUACUGCAGGAGCAGAAAGCAUUACAGCAAAGUAUGGAACAGGUUCAGGCACAGGUGGCAACAGUAGCACAAUCAGCUGCUGGAGUUUCUAUGACAAGUGUUUCUGGUACAUCCGGAGAUGAUGGAACGGGUGCAAUUAAAACCGAGGAUGAUGAUAACAGUGAUACGGAAGCACUAAAAGAUGUUCUAGGACUUCCGAAUGAUUUGAUCGAAGAAGAAUUUGUUAAUCGGAUAAUGAACGAUGACGAAGAGUUGACAAAGACGUCCGCCGCAUUCGAUGAGCUCACAGCGGACGGUGAGCUCGGGGAUGGUUUGACAAAAACAUCAAAAAACGAGCUGGCUGAUAUUUUAAGUCCUGAUUUUAAUUUGGACAAUUUGGGAAACAUGGACAGUAAGGAGGUGGAAGAGAUAUUCAAGAAUGUUCUCACGGAUGAGUCGCAAGAAUCUCAGGAGUCCAUGUUUGCCAACUCGAUGACUCCGUACACGUCUAAUACGUCUACUCCUUCGCACAGUCUCGAUGUUACUAAAAAGGUAGUGCCUCAGCGAUAUCUGAAUGCUGCCGCAAUGGGGAUGCAGCAGUUGCCUCAGAGUCAGUCGUCGCAACAACCUCUCACACCCACUGGGCAGCCUCUACUGAACGAUACAUCAUUACAAGUUAAUUUGGGAAUGCAAUCACCACAGACGCCGUUGAUGAAUCAAAUGGGCAUGCCAUCACCUCACAUCCAACAGUCUCCUCAGCAUCAAUCAAUGGGACCGAACAUGAUGAUCCAACAGCAAUCACCUCUUCAUCAGCAGCCAGCUACCCCUGGGACACCCAUUCAAAACAUACAGGCAUCAACACCUCAACCGCAUUUACCGAUAAUUAGUUCGCAACAUUUACAGCAGCAACAAACGCAAGUUCCAAUCCAGCCUUCACAGCUACCUAUGGGUAUCAGUGCUCAACAACAACAACAACAAGCACAGCAGCAACUGAAUCGAGGGUAUUAUUCAAAUAAUUUCCUCCCGCAAAGACCGCAGUUCAAUAUAUCGGAUCCGAUGCAACAACCAUCGCAACAGAUCAUCACGCAGCAGGUCAUUCCAGGAAUCCUUCCUCAACAACAGCAACCUUCCAUUCAGACUCAGCCAGGUCAGACUCAAUGGACGCCAACGGGACAACCUUUACAGAAUGCUGCUGGAAUGUCCAUGGGUACAGCAGCCCCAUCGACACUGAUGGCGGGAACAAGUGGUAGCGGUGAAGUAUCGGGAAACAUAGGUCCCAUUGACGAUGGAAUGGGAACACUUACCGGCGCUUCAGCUGCACAGAAAAUGUCCGAACGUAUGAGAUUGGACGAACCACUUGGAGAGUUGGCCACUAUUUCGUCCGUGUUAUACUGUAACACACAACAUCCGGAGCUCAAAAUUGAAUACCCGAACUGGACUGAUCGAUGCAAGCAGAUAUUCAAGCGCUGGCGCUUGCUAUCUACGGAACAGAAGCAACCUUAUUUGCAGCAGGCUCGAGAUAACCGUUCUGCUAUUCGAAUGAAGAAAUCACAGCAGGUACCACAAAUGUCACCUAAAGACGGCAAUAGUAAUAGUUCAGGUCAAGUGAAUGUUGUCCCAUCACCUUCCUCAUCAUCAUCAUCACAACCACCAUCAUCCGUCGUCGUUUCGCAGAGCGGCGUUGCUGCUGAUACUUCAGUCUUGAUCGGUGUCACCGAGCACCCGCAGUUGAUGACGAACCAACAACAACAGCUCCAAGCGCAGAUACAACUACAACAGCAACAGCAGCAGCGCCAACAGCAACAACAGCAAGUCCUCAAACCGCAGCAGCUAAUCGAGGAUCAGGACAAGAUAAGUGCUCAGCAGAAGAGUAUGCGAGAAGCCGAACAAGAACGUCAGUGGAAACAACUGCAGCAACAGCGAGCUCGGGAGCAACAAACCCAACAACACAUGAUAAUGACUGAUCAGAGGAUCCAAGAUCCAACAAUGCAACUUCAAGUAUCUACCGACGUUUCCCCGAUGGGGCCAAUGGCAAGCCCGUCGCCCACUCGUACUCAGUUCGUGUCACCGGUUAACAAGGGCAGAAUGGUUCCACUCGGUCAGAAUCCUCCCUCUAGUCCGGUUUCGAGCUUUCCGCAUCAGGGAAUGGCUGGUCGCCCCAUGCAGGUACCAGUAGGGCAGCAACGUCAGCUUCCCGGUCAGCCGCGACCUAAUCAGAGUCCGUUUUCUCCACAAUCGCAGCACCCACAGUCACCACAUGAUAUGUUACCGGGAUCUCCGGCCAGUCAGACUGGUUUGGAUCCAUUCGCAAGACCGCCGUCAGAAGGUGUCUCAGAUAGUUAUAUACACCACUCACCACAGACCCCGCGAUCAGUUGGUCACCAAAGUCCGAUUCCAACGCCGAAUCGCAGCCCAGCCUACUCCGGUCAACCGAUAUCGAACCCACAGACAGCGAUGCGAAUUAAUCUCGAUACACAGUAUGGUCAAGCACCUGGUACUCCGAGGCCUCAGUUUCCUGGGAACCAAGUCCGGCCAACGGUUUAUGCUCGCCCCGGCGAACUUUUUGGACCAAAUCAAACCUCCCCAUUUUCUUCCCCUCAUUCGGAUAACUUUCACCAGCCCGUUCAGGAAGGUAACCGCCAGUUGCGUGAUCUUCUUCAAAGGCAGCAACUACCAGCCACAGGACAGAGUCCGCAAAUGGUCCAGGGCCAACAGCCAACACUUCAAUCUCCACAACCAAUGCAACCACAAUCUCCAUAUAUGGAUGAUCAACAGUCCCCGGGUCAAAUUCAAGGUAUGCCACAGCAACAACAACAACAGCAACAACUGCCAAAUCAACAGUUGCAACAAGCUCCAGCAGAUAUUGGUACCUUCCGUCAGCCACUGCCACCUAAUAUGAUGACCCGACCGAGACUUCAAAUGCCCGGUAACAUUAUCCGAGCUCCAGGUGCUAAUGUAAUAUCGGUACCAGGCGCGGGCCCUAAUGGCCCUGUCAUGGUUAAACAACAAAUAGUUAAAGCUGGCGGUGUGAAUCAAAUGUUGAUCAUGCAACAAAAUGUCCUCCAGCAUCAGCAACUUAUGAGACAGCGCAUGCAGCUACCUGUUGGCCAAGUACGUCCUGAUGGUUCGUUCGCGGGACAGAUGGCACAAGGAAGUCAAAUUAUAUCUCAGCAGCAGAUUGGUAAACAAGGGGCGUUGACAUCUCAAACAGAUCAGCAAAAUAUUGCGCUGAUUGCCCAACGGUUGGCUGGAGAAGGAGAAGCUCAUGUACCAGCGUCGACAUCAACAUCUAACUCUAACUCCAUGGUUCAGUCUGGGGGCAGUUCUGGGCAGACCACAGGAUCAAACCAACCGCAAUCUGGAGUGGUUGAUGGUGCUUCAGAAAUUCCGGACAGUGUUUCGGCUGAAAUUGAAAAAUUAGAGCAAGAGGAUAAUGCCGGGAUUGGCGAGGUCGAUGGUGAUAUUCUUGGUGGACUGGGAGACGACGACGAUGAGCUUUUGGACUCUCUGACGGCUGAAAUGGGUGCUGCGUUCAAUAUUUUGGAGUAUGCGGACCCGGAGCUUGAUUCUACGGAUGGUGAAAAGUCCAAUAUAUUAGAUAGUUUAGAACUGGAGGAACCGGAUGGCGAUAAAUCCGAGGACAAAGCCAAAGUUUCUAUCAAUACUUCGAACAAGCCAGAAGGUACAGACGGGAAUGAACAUUCUGAGCAGUCGAAAUUACCGGGAACAUCAACAACACUAGCUCAGGCUAUUGGGAUUGGAAAUCCCACGACAAUAGUAACUCAACAGCAACAUCAAAGUGCAUUAGUACAUGGUCAAACAACGUUGUCCCAGCAGGCCUCCAUGCAACCCAUGCAUCAACAGCAAAUGAUGAACCAACCGCAAUCAACUCAACUCCAACAAUUGAUUGGUAAUCAGCAAAUGUCUACGCAGCAGCAAGCUCCAGUGCAGCAACUUCAACAGCAGCUGAUUGCCGGUCAAAUGAAAAAUAUUCGGCCUAAUAUGCUGACACCGGCACAUCUCCAACAGAUUCAGCAGCAGAUGCAACAACAGGUUCAACAAGCUGCUGCGAUUGGCAAACCAAUGGCUGUGGGAACACAGCUUUUGUCCAAAGAAGGAGCGGUUGGAGUUGUGAAUGCUAACAAUACUGUCUCGGUGACCGUUCGCACAGGAUUACUGAACCAAUCUCGAAUUCAGCAACUCAAACUUGGUCACCCGGGUGGGUUAGUUCAACAGAAUCUGGUUCCUGGUCAACAGCAGACACGAAUUGUACAUCAAAUUCAGGGUAAUCGGAUAAUUCAAACUGUUACGAACCCGAAUCAACCAGGCCAACCACCGCUUGGUGCUGGACAAUCAGUGCUUCACCAACAACUGCAACAGCAACCGGUUCAAACUGGCGCUGUUCCAGUUGCCGUGCCUGGUCAAUCACAACUGCCACCUCCACCCUAUCCAGAACCACCACCACCAUACCCCGGAAGCCAGCAAGGUGCUUUGCAAGGACCUCCUCCGGUCAAUCAGCAUUACCAAGUAACGCCUACGCAUCCACCGCCGCCGCCGCCGCCACUACCACUCGAUCCACAACAGCAAACGCAAACCCAGUCCUUACCAUCACUACCACAACCAUCAACACAACCACUUCCACCUUUCCUUUCGUCGGGUUCAUUUCAAUUCGGACCUGUGGCGUCAUAUCAUCAGCCCUACCUUGGAGAACCCUUGGCUCAAACGGAUCGUAGCCAUCUAGCGGAGUAUGACAAUUACUCACAGCGUAGACAUUAUUACCAUGGCGCUAUUACGGCGCCAAUUUCUGCCGCUAACGCCCGACGUUCGUUGCUGCUAAAGGAGCAAAGGCUGCUGCUGGAAGAUUUGCUGGAGCAGGAAAAACGAGAGCAAGCUGGUCAGCUCGUUAUCAACGACGUUACCAAUCCAGGCCUCCAAUCGAGCAUGUUGAGUGAACAGGACUAUGAAACUCUUCUGAACAAUCAACAACAACAACAACAACAGCAGCAGCAACAACAACAGCAAGGCAUGCGAGUAGUCCAGCAAAAUCUGCUUCCAGGCCAAGUGCCCGGACAGCUGCCACAGCAUGUACAACAACAAUCACAACUGCUAUCACAACAACAGCAGCAGCAGUCUGGACAAAUUCAAUCACCUGUCGGCGGUCAGUACAUAAUGCAACAGCAACGGAUUACUUCACAGUGGCGUCCUCAGACACCUAUUGCCGGUGGCGCAGUGGCUAAUUUGAUCAAUCCACUCAAUAAAGCAGCUGGCGUGAUGAGUCCCGGUACUAGCGGCUCUCAGCCCAUUGUUCAUUCUGCUGAACCGGUUCACAAACCAAUACAACUAUAUCAAGCGAAUCUACAACCCGCACCACCGGUACCGCCAGAAAAUAUCACCAACGAACAAGAACGUCAAAUUUUAAUCACUUAUGAGAAUUGGAUGAAUCAACAAAAUAAUGCGCUUACAAACCAGCUGAAGUUUUACGAGACUGAGAUUGGUAAACUUCGAAAAGUGAAAAAACAGUUAAAUACUAAACAACGCCAGUUGAAAAAAGCUGGAAAUGAUCUUCCAGAAGCGGAUAUGAAAGAACUGACGCAAGUUACUGCGGACCAUGCAGUUGUGCAGAAACAACUGGACAAUGCUAGAAAGCAACUGCGACAGCACACGCUUCUUAUACAAGAAUACAAAACCAAGCAACAAGCAAAGAUGCAAGCCAAUAUGGCGACUGCACCAGGAAGUUCCCCCGCACAAAUAGCACCGCCAUCACCGUUAAUGUCACCGUCACCGAGCUCACAACAAAAUUUAAUUCAUCAACCACCAGCACAGUCCCCACUAAACAACCCAAUCUUGCAACCCAAUCAGAGUCCACUGCAUUCUCCUGGUCCGUUGAUGUCUCAGAGCCCUGGCCCUGCUAGUGUGAAUUCAGUAAUGCAAAGUCCCGGCCAGCAUACCAACUCGAACAGCGCUAUGUCACCGUACAAUACAAUGCAGCAAUCCCCUCGAAUAGGAACGCCACAUUCGCAGGCAGCCGAUGAUAAUCCCUUCAGCCCAGGGCCGUCACCUUCUCCGUCGAUUCCAGGAAGGUUGACAUCACCAGCACCGAGGAUGACAUCUCCUCAGCACCGAGUCUCCGGCCAGCAAAUGCCUCCAGGUCGAAUGGUAACCAGUCCAGGUGGACAAUACGCUCAACAGAAUAUUAUUGUUCAGAAUCAGAUGAUGGGUCAACAGCAAACGCGUUUCGUCCGACCACAAAUAAUUCCAAAUGAUCAAAAUGUUCGCAUGCGAGGUGCCAGUUCUUUACAACAGCAACAGCAACAACAGCAGCAAAUGAUGCAACAAAAUUCGAAUAUAAGACAAAUGCAACCUGGUUAUAACUCACCACUUGGAAGUCCCCAACCGAUAAUGUCACCGGGAACACCUCAGCAACAGCAGCAACAGCAACAACAACAGCAGCAAAUGCAACAACAACAGCAAAAUAUCCAACUGAUGCAGCAACAGCGAAUGCAACAAAUGCAACAGCAGCGACAGCAAAUGAUGCAGCAACAGUUUCAACAGCAACAAAUCAUGCAACAGCAACAGCAGCAGCAACAGCAGCAGCAACAACAACAGCAACUGCCACAAAUGUUACAACAGCAACAACAACAACAGCAAUUACCCCAGCAGCAUCCGCAACUGCAAAUGCAACAACAGAUUCAACAACAACACAUCCAACAGCAGCUUAGUCAGAUGCAACAACAGAAUCAACAACAGAUUAACUUUGCCAAGCAGAGCCCAGUUCACCAGCAGCCGCCCUCGCCGCUUCUGAGUCAAGGUGGAAGCAGUACACCUUCAUCGUCUCCGAUGCCACCGAGCCCUAUGUUGUACUAUCAGCAGCAACAGCAGCAACCACCACCGCAGCAGCAACAGCAACACAUGAUGCGCCGUCCUCCAAGUGCUUCGAAUCAGUACAUGCAACAAGAUUCAAUUGAUGGUUCUUCGGGUAGUGCGAGUAAUAAUAGUAAUAGCAGCGGUGGAGGUGGAGGAGGAGGUAAUAUUCCUGGUAACCCAAUACCGAUGAUACCUGGCUUUGGGAAGUAUGGUUAUAUUAAGCUUGGUCUUCGUGGAGGAUCUCCCAUGUGGGGUAACGCCAGAGGUACAAAAGUACCCAAUCCUAUGGCACAUCUACAACAAAAUCAUCAGCAAGGUGGUCCUAAACCGCAAAUUCAACUGGCUGGAGGUUCAAAUGCUGGUGUUUCAGGAGUAGGUUCAGCUCAACAAACAGAGGCUGCAAAGAAAAUCACUGCAAUGGCUCGGAAUAGAAUAUCCAUCGUUCAGAAAGCAGGCCAUUCUGGAGGUAGAGAUAGUAAUGCGGAAGACGUAGUUCAGAUUGACAGUAGCCCAGACGAGAGGCAAAGAGUGUUAGAUUUUGACGAUGAAAGCGAUAAGCGAUUGGUAACAACGGAGGUGUCAUUGAGUUCGGUGGCGCAACCUGUUGCCGAGGGAGAUGACAUAAUGGAGUCGUUCAGUCAUUCUGGAUACGAUAUUGGAGCAAGUCCUUUGGGAGCACCUAAUGUGACUAAUGAGUAUGACUUGUUCGCCCAGGAUGUUGUGGUAGACUGUGUUGAUAAUGGUAAAACAAAUCAAAAAGCUGAAAUGAUAAAAACAGUCAUGACAAAGGAUGGAGAACAUUCCACUGCUAGAAUCGUGACGAUUGAUAGUGGCGAAAAAGCUCCACAACAUAAUUUUGCUACCACAGAAGAUUUUGAAGCUAUGAUUGAUAGUCGACCAAAAGAUUUGGAAACAAAAUCCGACGAGGAAGGUAAAGAUACAGCAGGGGAGGAUAUGCUAAAAGGCGGUAUGAAGACUCCAACUAAAAAUGCGAGUGAUAUCACCAUAGGUCUACAACAAAGUCCAAAACCAGUCACAUAUCCAGGACGUAUUUCGAUUCAGCAGACUUUGUUGCAAAACCGACCUCCAAUUGUUACCUCUGUAUCGGCUGCUCAUAAAAAAUUGGUCAAGGAUGCUACUGAAACUACUGCUAAGCUGUCUAUUGGGAAUACAACUAUUUCUGUUCCGAUAUUGAAGAGCUUUCCGUUAACAGCCACACCUCCAAAACAAUCAGAAACCACACCUAGUUCACAGAAACAAUCGAAAAAGAUUAUCAAUUCAACCUCUAUUUCCAUGAGUAACAUUCCGAAAAAUCCACCCGGAACGGUUAUAUCAGUCGCCGGGCAAAAAAUGAACACAACCAGCAUUGUGACGCUAUCUUCUUUACAGUUGACCCAAUCCCCUGCCUUUAUCACGAAAACCUUUUCGCGCACAUCUCACAAUUUACCGCCGCACCAACAGCAACAGACCAAUCCGGGACCACAGUCAUCUCAAAUAAAAGUACAGCAAGUUCCAUCUCAAAGUUGCAGCGGAAAUCUACCACAAUCAUCAAACCAAAUGGAAAACCUGAUAGUGAAAUCUAAAGCGAGGGCUCCGUCGCCUGGCUUAAGCUACGCAAAGUUGUCCUCCUUAACAGUAACACAGGAUACUUCCCUGCCAACCAAAAUAUUCGAAGACGAUUCAGUUUCGCCUGAUAGUUCGAUUGGUCAUGAUGAUGUAGAACAGCUUAGCGGACUGGAUAAGGUCGAUUCAGUGAUAGUCGAUGAUGCAACACGAGUUGAGGCUGGUGUAGGCCUCGAAGAUAUUCCCUUGACUUUACAUGAUGGCUCAAACGAUUCUCACUCCGGCGAACUGAAGAAGCAGGGAGUGAUACCGGUUCAUGUUAUAUCAAAAUCACGAGAAAACUCCAAGAGCCCAAUACUGGGACCAGUUGGGCAGCGGAUUGUAUCGUCUAUACCUCAAUUGUCACCUUUGUCACAACCGAACGAACUAACCAUGAACGCCAUGAAUGUUUCCCAACAAGUGCGGUCAAUAAUGUCAUCGAUUAACUCAAGCACUGCGUCAUCUGUAGGACAACCGAAAACAGAUAUUGGUGGUACCAUCAUAUCUACUGCUCCGUCAACUGCAGCAAAUACAAUUUCCACUAUUACGUUCGACACUGUAAUCCCACCUAAAGGAGAUAACAUGAGUAAACCAGAAACUAUAGCUAGUAUUUUGAAAACCGUUUCUGGAAAGACUAUUCUUCCUGCUGCCGCCGUUGCUAAUGCUUCAAAUGCAAGCAAAUCGGAACAGGCUGCAAUGUCGUCAUCGAUUUCCUCGAUACCUGGGACAAAGUUGCUCAACCCGCAGCUACAGAUUGGACGCAUUCCUCCAGCGGUAUCCUCUAGUGGUAGUAAUAUUCUUGUCGUAAAACAAGUCCGGGCUCCCAUGACGAAACAUGUUACCCAGAGUCAGGCACAAAAACAACAGCUGGUGGUUUUGGCACAGCAGCAGCAACAACAACAACAGCAACACAUCAAAAUCCAACAACAGUAUCAACUUCAGCACCAUCAUCACCACCACCAACAACAACAACAGCAGCAACAUCAACAACAGUUUCAACAGCAGCAACAUCAACAACAACAACAACAACAACAGUCCUUGCAUCAAGGUGGAGUAAUAAUGCAAAGUCAAGUCCGGCCUCAAUCUGCAGAAAUAGCGAAGAGUAACGUGGACAGUAGCAGCACCAGUAGCAUAGCUAGCAUUUUAAGCAGUACUCUACAGCAGCCUCAAACAAGGAUUGUUAACUUUAGUGACGUAUCAACACUUACAAGUCAACCACCAGGACUGAUCAUGACAUCUCGUCCAGGUGUUAUUUCGGUUACUGGCACAGGUCCUCAGGUGGUCAGCAGUUACUCUUCAGCGAUGUCGACUACAACAACCAGUAUUCUGAGUGCAACUCUUUCACAACCGAUGAAACCUAACACCCCGACAAUCUCUACGCUUCUACAGAAUCAACUGCAAGGACCAUCGUUCCGACGUUCCAAAUCUACCGAUGAAGUUCCCGCGGGUUUUCCGCGUGAGAUCACAACUCAGGCAGUUUGUAAACGCCUUAGCUUAGAAGCAACAAGUGUGGUAAAAAGCGAACCAGUAGACAGCACAGAUGAUAACAAUGUUUCAUCUACCUCCUCUUUAAAUUCAUCUACCGGUCAAGGAAGUGGUUGCAAGUUCUCCACAAUGGCUACGCCAUCUGGAGCAAAAUUGGAAUCGGACAGUCAAAAUGUACUGCUGAAGCAACUUCUUCAGAAUACAGGAUCAACUUCGACACCAUCACCAACACCCCCGCAAAUGACUCGUCCUGUUCCAAGUUUAAUAACUAGUCAACGAGCACCUAGUCUGGGGGUAGUUAGCUCUCUUGAAGCUCAGUUGGCUCGACCAGUAAUUCCACCAUCCGCCAACCCACCGGCAAUACAAAUCAUUAGUACUCAGGCAGUAACAAUCACCACAUCCAGUUCAACAGCUACCACUGAGCCACAACAAAAGACGGUCACAACCAAGUUGGUGUCCCGCGAGACUUCAUUUGUAUCGAAACCGUCGUCCGUAUCGAUAUCGUCUAGUCACCCAACACCGAAUCUCGCUGCCAACAUGCUCGCUGCCAGCAUGAAAAAGGAAGAAAUGAUGCAAGCAGCAGCAGCAUCUGCUGCAGCGGCUGCUGGCUCAAUGAAUCAACCUAUUACGGUUCAAAGUACGGUGAAAACGGAGUCCGGGCAAAUGACGGUUACUCAGAUCACGCAGCCACUGCAAGCAGGGCAGUCACAGCAACAGCAACAACCUCCUGUUCCUGCUACAGAACUGAACAGUGUCACCUUAAUUAAACGAGAACCAACACCAAUUCAAAGCGUAUCAAUGAGAAUACCAGAGCAACAACAGCAUCCUCAAAUGCCUAGAUCUGUAACUCCAGUUGAGGUCAAAAAGGAACUACCAGAUGAACAAGUUUCUGGUAUGCCUACAUUGUAUUCUGCCUAUCCCACAACACCGAUGGAUCCCAUCAAACAAGAACCACAGGUCGCCCCACAUAAACAAGAACUAAUUGAAGCAACACCUGAAGCAGCAGCCAAGACUGCGGCAGAAAUCGCUCACGAAUUGAAAAAGAAAAAACGCCGAGAGUACCAGAAAAAUCGUCGACAGAUGCAAAUCCAAUCCAAUAAAGAACAGCAUCAGGCAAAGAAAAAGCCUCGUAAAUCGACCAAACUGGAAGAAGAUUAUGACACGUACAUCGACCAGUUAAUGCUGCAGCUCCGUCAGCUUCCACCAAUGCAAAUUUUGGAGCCACUCCUGCCUAGAAACUAUGGAGUUUGUCAGCUUUUCGGUACAGGUGAUCUCACCAAGUUUGCCAAUGUGAAAGAUCAUUCGACUGUUAACAAUGACUUUUCGGGAACUUUCGGAAACGCACAAAUCACAGGGGUUGCCGAUUUCUAUAACACUAAACCGUUCGGUGUAAAAGAACCUCCACCUGAACCCGUUCCUGUAUCCACUCAGCGUGGUUUCUACGAUCAGGAGUUUCCACCGAUCAAAUUUGAGACGGAAGACCGCUAUCGUUAUGAUUUCGUCAAAGAUCGUGACUUGGAUUCACCGGAUACGAUAAUAAGUGCAUCUAGUCCCGAUACUGUUCGAUGGGAUUCUCCAAUCCACUUCCCUGGUUUACGAGUAAUCAAAGAGGAAGGUAGUGAAGAUGAACAAACGAUGGUCUACAAAAGAAUGUCACCGAUCAUUCCAAUCGUGGCCCCGAUUCCGAUCAGGCUGAAAAAAGGUAUCUCGUUGUCUGCUGAUAAGAGUAUUAGUUGUCUUCUUCCUGGUAGCAACAAGGAAAACGAAGGAGUGAAGGAAAGUCUAGGAAUCAAGUCACGAUUUGGGCCACCCACUCCACUAAAGGACUCUAGCAAUGUUACUGUGACAUUAACACUGACAUCCUCCGCAGCCGAAGACAUUAUUGGAGUGCUACGAGAUUUGGCGAACAUUCUAGAAAUUCCACCUCCGAUGGCAUAUCAAAUUGUCGAGCGAACCACUACUCCACCCAGCCAGAAACUCGGUCUUUAUCGAACUAAAGGACGCGACGGAAAAGAAGGUGCUCCAAUUGACAUCCAAACUAUUCUGAAUGGGGCUGCCAAAUUCUGUCGGCACUGUGAUGUGGUUAUAUUGAACACCUUGAUUACUGCAAAGCCGUCCGAAUUUCCACUUCUUAGCAAUAACAACCACUAUGAACUGGAAUCGGAAGAGUUGUACUUUUGCAGUAAAGUAUGUUAUCGUCAGUUCCAAUGGCGCCCUACUAACAUUCUUGAAGAUAAGUUGGUUGGUUGCGACGCCGGCAAACUACGGGAAAACUUAGCGUCAAGAUUCGAUUUGGAUUUGGAUGAAAAUCUCAGCAUGAAUAAUGCCGACAUCAAACAGGAACUGAUAGAUGACACCGAUAUUAGUAUGGCCAGUAUCAAAUCAUUCGAAAGUAGAGAUUCUUUUACCAACGACCGUAAAAAGAAAUUCGAAGAAGCGGGUAAGGACCUUGGACCACCAUCGAAGCUGUUGAAGGGUGUAAGAUACAAAUUCUUUGCAUCGACUGGCUUCCUUCUACAUCGUUACAAGAAACCUACGGAGAAGGAAAUCACCGAAACUUUGUUCCGAAUGAACAUCACUGUUACACCGACUCCAAAGAUGCCAGAUGACAUUCGGCGAUGCAUAUUUUGUCACACCAUCGGCGAUGGAGUUGCCGAUGGUCCGUCUCGUUUGCUUAAUUACGAUGUUGACAAAUGGGUUCAUUUGAACUGUGCUCUUUGGUCAGAUGGAGUGUAUGAAACGGUUAACGGGGCAUUGAUGAAUCUGGAAGGUGCACUACAGCAAAGUCUCAGCUCAAUGUGUACGUUCUGUAAUAACCUUGGUGCCACGAUCAAGUGUUUUAAAACACGUUGUGCCAAUGUAUAUCAUCUCAGCUGUGCCAUGAAGGACAAUUGUGUAUUCUACAAGAACAAAUCGACCAUGUGCCAGUCGCAUGCGCCAAGAACUGAAAAGGAUUCCGAGCUGACGACGCUCAGCGUUCAGCGACGUGUGUACGUGGAUAGAGAUGAGAGUCGGCAGGUGGCAUCCGUAAUGCAUCAUUCCGAAUCCAACAACCUGCUUCGCGUUGGUAGCUUAAUCUUUUUAAGCGUUGGUCAGCUGCUGCCGCAUCAGCUACAAAACUUCCACACACCGAACUAUAUCUACCCGAUCGGAUACAAAAUUAUGCGGUUCUACUGGUCCAUGAGGCGGCCCAACAAGCGCUGUCGUUAUGUGUGUUCUAUUGCGGACGUUUGUGGCCGUCCGGAGUUCCGAGUGCUGGUGCAGGAACCAGCGGAAGAAGAUAUCGAACUGAGAGAUAACACACCGAAGGCAGUUUGGCAACGAAUCCUUGAACCGAUGGCUAUCCUUCGGAGGGAAAACCAAAUCGUUCAGCUUUUCCCGAAAUACGUCUCCGGGGAAGAUCUUUUCGGUCUCACGGAGCCGGCCGUGGUGCGCAUUCUUGAAAGUCUACCCGGCAUCGAGACACUAACCGACUAUCGGUUCAAGUACGGCAGGAACCCAUUGCUGGAACUGCCGCUUGCAAUCAAUCCGUCUGGGGCAGCCCGAACGGAACCUAAGCUGAAGCAUACACUUACAUGGAAGAAACCACACACCCAACGGACGGGAUCAGUAAGUCAACGGCCAGCCUUUGUUCCAACCAGUUCGCCAGCUGGGGAGGUUGCUUGUCCGUAUAGUAAACAAUUCGUACAUUCCAAGAGCUCACAAUACAAGAAGAUGAAGCUCGAGUGGCGCAAUAAUGUAUUUUUAGCACGUUCUAAGAUCCAAGGUUUGGGUUUGUAUGCAGCACGUGACCUAGAAAAACACACCAUGGUGAUUGAGUACAUCGGUGAAGUUAUUCGAACGGAGGUUUCCGAACUGCGUGAAAAGCAAUACGAAGCUAGGAAUCGUGGUAUCUACAUGUUCCGCCUGGACGAAGACCGCGUGGUGGAUGCAACCCUGUCGGGGGGUCUUGCUCGCUAUAUAAAUCACUCGUGCAACCCGAACUGUGUAACGGAAAUCGUGGAAGUUGAGAGAGACGUUCGUAUCAUUAUUUUCGCGAAGCGGCGAAUUAACCGUGGCGAAGAACUGUCAUACGAUUAUAAAUUCGACAUUGAGGACGACGCACACAAGAUUUCCUGCAUGUGUGGUGCACCAAACUGCAAGAAGUGGAUGAACUAAACUACAGACAAUCUUUGCGAUUGAAAUAGUUGCGUAGUAAUUUGGAAAUGGAGCGUUCAUGCAUAUUGUGUACUAUAUUUUAAAUUCACACAUUUUACUUGAUAGUAGCAGAUUUAUUUAGUUGUAUAAUUGUUAAAUAUUCUUACUUGUUUAGGUUAACUAUAUUUAAGACAGAAAGUCAUUUUCUCAUUCACAGCUAUGAUAUGACAAGCAUUGAUUUAUUGCAAGAUAAACUAAUCUUAAGUGAAAUAACGAUAGAGAAGAAUAUUUCGUCAUAUGUGUUAGUGCAAAAAGUAUCAAAAUAUGAGUAGAUUUAUGUUUAGUGUGUCGGUUACUUUGUAGCUGAAAUUUGUUUUUCUCUUCAGAGAUUAUAGCAAAAAUGCGUAUCUAAAUAAUAUGCUUUAGCUGAAAGCACUUCGGAAAGGGAUCUUGGUAGGAAGUUCUGUCCAGUUGGUGGAUCGGAGUAAAGCAAAAAUAGUAGGUUAAACGUAGUAAAGUAUAGUAAAACAUUGGUAGAUAGGCGUAGAAUGUUUUCAAUUUGGAACAAGUGCAUACACGGAUAAAAUCUGGGAUUAAGCUAUAGAAGAAAGAAAACUAUUAGAUGGUAUACUUAGGAGCUACAAUGGUACUUGGAACAAUAAGCAAAACAGUAGACGAAAAAAAUUCAACUACAGUGGAAAUAUGAAUAUAUAUUUUCAGACAAUUAUUUUUCAAUAUAUAAAUAUAUUUUGUAUACUAUGAAGCAGGUUAUUUGGGAAUCAUAUCUCAGAUAGUCAGAAUAUUUGCGGGGUGCAAUUUAUUGUCCAAAACUCACGAAAAGCGUCCGUGAGUGUAUGCAUAGGUGAGUAGUUGUGUGUAGAGUAGAGCAUAAUCACGAAAAUAUUAGGGAUAACCAGUUUUUUGUAAUAUAGGCUUCACUGCACGCGAUACAAAAUUUAA